CUUCAACCCUCUCCACGCUUCCUAAAAACUGCUAUUGAAUUGAGGAAUUUACGCAACAGUCAAUUCAGGAUUUCCAGAAACAGACAAUUCGUGAAAGGAGUUGAGAUGGUCAAGCUGCUGGUUUAUCUCGUAGCAGCGUUGAGAAGCAUCAUUGUUGAUGACGAUGAUCCUGUCGGCCAACCCCUGGUUGCAAAGAACGAAAGCAGCCUAUACAUGGCGGAAGAGAUCAAUAAAGUUUUGCAGUUGAAUCAAACUAUACACCAAAUCGGUCUCGACAGCCGGAUGCAGCGGGAAACGAUGGCUCAAUUGAUUUCCCACUUGGAGUCAAUAGAGGAUGAUACCGGAAUGCAAGAGCGUAAUCGAAGAGGCAUCAACAACGCAAUAUCAACAAAAUGGAAGACAUAAAAAUUCUGAAAUUGUUAAGAGAAAUGAAUCAAUAUCAAAGGUUAUCGACGGGAUCGCAGGUAGUGUGAAAAGCUUCAAAAAUUUCCACCGCUCAAGCACUCUUGAAAAAAUUGGAACUAUUUGCGAAGCCGUUCAGUGUUUUGGACCUGUUAUAUCUCUUAUACCUGGGGGAUCAAUAGCCACUUCGCUCUUCAGCCUGGGUGGCUCAAUUUUUGGCGCGGUCAGCAAAAAAGAAGAAAAACCGCUGCGAGAAAUUGUUACAGAAGCGGUUGAAGAUGCAAAAAAUGCUGUCAUCGAAAAAAUCGACGAUCAAACUGAAACACUUCAAAAUAUCAUAGUGGAAGCAGUUGAAGAUGCAAAAAACGCAAUUAUUCAAAAAAUCUAUGCUCAAACCGAAUUGAUGUUUAUGGCACAGCACGAGGGUGAGAUAAAUCUGAUGUUGGAACGGCAAAUUCUUCUGGCUGAAUUUGUUACCCUGGAACGAAAUUUGACAAAGUAUGAAAUAGGUAUGCUCUCGGAUGAACAGUGGUAUCUUGCAGGCGCUGGUUUCAUCGGAGUUUUGAGAAAACUGGUAGAAAAAGAUUUGCAGACCGAAGACGUGAAAACAGCUAGAAGAGUCGUCAGGUAUGUAAUUAGCUUCAUUAAACUUUCGCAAUCACAGCAAACAAUGCGCUCGAUGUACAAAAGCCUGAUGAAUUAUUAUAACCAACCGACCAUUUCGGCUCUGCAGGAACAUAGAGAUGAACAAGCGCUGCUUUUAUUGGACCAGGUUGCUGGUUAUAGAUAUCUAAAUGGCUCAUCGUCACUUGUUUACUGGCAGUUCAGUUUAGCUGAAGUCAAUCUAUUGCAACAGUUUUACAAAUCGCUGGGCGGAUCUGAGCUUCCGUACAGAUAUCGUUGUUUUGCAGAAGCUAGAGUUCGAUGGGGACCUGGAGAAAGUAGUUCAUCAAGGUUCCUCAACAAUCAAAGAAACUUUUUCCUGCACACUGCCUAUAUAGAUUCAGAGAGGGUAAUGAGAGCUUGGUCAAUUGAAGAUAAUCAACUCACAUCUAAUGAAUAUCAAAUUCCAUUGGAUUUGAAAGAUGGCCACUUUUUCUCCACAGAUGAGAGAUAUGUAAGAAUGACUGCAUUUGGACACACUUUGCUGGUGCAUUCACUUGGUUCCUUCAAAGUUCAUGUGUUCAUUAAUGACAGCUGGGUGUCUGCUAUCUCUGUAGAAGACAGCAAAUUUCAGUGGCCAAGUGAAGUUCGUCAGAUGGCAUUACGACAUGGUCAGUUAAUUGUGGGUGAUUAUUAUCAAGUACUUGUGUAUCGGUAUAGUGAGACACCCUCUCCAUCUAUCUCGGGGUUCAUAUGGGGACUAGCAGCAGAAGGCGAGGGAAAAUUCUUGGUCAUGUCAGAUAAACAUUUUAUAACCAUAAAGGAUUAUAAUGAUUCGACUCUUCUGUUCUCCACUAUAUUUUGGAGUGAUGAUUCAUUAUAUGAACAGCAGCAGCAGAGUGUGGGUAAGGCAAUGAGCACAUAUGAAAUCAAGAGUGAGGUGAAAGUGCGUGAGCUUCUCGCAGCUAUCGACAACAGCACACUGUUUGUAGAAGGAUGGAAUAGCACAACAAAGAGCUACGAAAACAUGAUCCUUGAACUUGUAUAUUAA